AUGUACAUUAUAUGCAUGUAUACUGUCUUCUGAAUUAACGAGUAUUACUGCACACGAUUCAUUCUACAUUCGCAAUGGCGAUAUACACUGCACUGCCUGACGACUUGAACGAGGUAGAUGUAAUCAUUGCAGGCGGCGGUACGACAGGCUGUGUCGUAGCCGCAAGACUGGCAGAAGCAGACCCAGCACUCUCGAUCCUGGUCAUCGAAGGCGGCGCAAACAAUGAUAUACCACUGGUUUCUGUGCCGGCUCUUUUCCUGGCCAACUUGAUGCCAACCAGCACAACGAACAUUCUCUACAAGACGAACAAAGAAAAACAACUUGGUGACAGAGAAUUGAUUGUUCCCUCGGGAGGUGUUCUCGGAGGCGGCUCAUCGACGAACCUGAUGAUGUAUAGUCGCGCACAACGAUCCGACUUUGACUCGUGGCAGAUGCCCGGUUGGUCAGCAGAGGAGAUGCUGCCGUAUCUUCGAAAGCUGGAGACAUAUCACGGUCCCGGCGCAAAAGACACGCAUGGCUCCAAUGGGCCAAUUCAUGUAUCGGGUGGGACAUAUCGAGCCCUGAAGUCAGAAAAUGAUUUUAUCAGCGCAGCUAAGAAAGUUGGCUGGACCGAGAUCGAAGAUUUGCAGGAUCUGGACUCCAACAAUGGCGUUCAGCGAGCAAUGCGCUAUAUUUCGCCUGAUGGGAAACGACAAGAUGCAGCGACCAAAUACUUACUACCUAGACUGCAGAAUGGGAAGCAUCCGAACCUGCAUGUUCUUAUAGAAAGCAAGGUCGUGCGUGUGUUGUUUGACAAUGGUAAUAAAAAAGCUGUUGGAGUCGAGUAUCUGCCCAAAACCGACUCUCCAGAAAACGACGAAUCAAACAAAUCAGGUCCUCCUGUUCAAAGAGUCAAAGCAAGGAAACUAGUGAUUGUUUCCUGCGGCGCCUGCGGAACUCCAUCUGUCCUCGAAAGAUCCGGAAUAGGAAGCCCCGAAAUCCUGCAACGCGCAGGCAUUCCACUCGUGGCAGAAGUACCUGGAGUUGGCUACGAAUACGAAGAUCAUCAACUACUUACGUACCCUUACAAAAGCAGCUUGGAUGUAGAAGAAACGAUCGACGCAGUCGUCAGCGGUCGCCGUAGUGUUGAAGAGCUUGUCAGAAACAAUGAUAAAAUCUUGGGCUGGAACACCAUGGACAUUGCCUGCAAGCUACGCCCAUCAGAGACCGAUAUAGCGCGCCUCGGACCCGAAUUCGAGAAAACUUGGAACCGUGAUUUUAAGAAAAAUCCGAAUAAGCCAUUGGUGUUAAUGUCACUUAUCAAUGGCUUCCCCGGCGACCCAUCCACCGUCCCAGCCGGACAAUACCUAGGAAUCUCCGUCUUCACCGUCUACCCAUACUCGCGCGGACACCUACACAUAACAGGACCUUCGCCAAGCGACCCCCUCGACUUUUCAACCGGCUUCUUUUCUGACCCCGGUGAUAUUGACCUCAAAAAGCACAUGUGGGCAUACAAAAAGCAGCGUGAGAUCGCCCGGCGCAUGCAUACCUAUCGCGGCGAGGUUGUCUCUGGACACCCGCCAUUUCCGUCUUCAUCGAAAGCUGCAUGCUUCGAGCGCGUAAAUGACUACGAUCAUGCUACUAUUCAAGGAGAUAUCGAAUACACAGCCGACGACGACGACAUUCUCGCACAAUGGUUACGUGAGAACGUCGGUACUACGUGGCAUUCUGUGGGGACAUGCAAAAUAGCGCCUCUGGCGAACAACGGUGUGGUAGACGGCAAACUCAGGGUGUAUGGAGUUGAGGCACUAAGGAUCGCAGAUUUAAGUAUUUUACCACGCAAUGUUGCUGCGAAUACCAACAAUACGGCGUUGGCGGUGGGCGAAAGGGCUGCUGAUAUUUUUAUUGAGGAGCUAGGGUUGAACAGAAGAUAGUCUAUCUACACGUAGCGGGUUGCGGGCGGAUCGUCUUUGGAUUUAAUUUCAAGAAUCGAACGUCCGCUUGGUGAGGGACUAGGUUUUUUCGCUAAAACAACAAAAAUAAUUGCUGACUGGGUUUCCCAUCUAAAGACAUGAAUUGACACUUUUUACUCUCGCGCAGUCCUUUAUGGCGCAGGGUUCUUACGAACAGUCUACCUCAAUCUAUCUUCAUAUACAGCACGGUUGUUCCUGAACAGGCUCUACGCGUAAACUUGAGAACUACAGUGGUGGUAGAAACAGAAAGCCUGUGUAUAGAUGGACUCGACGUGUUUGACAGUCGUUUUGGACAAUGAAGAAGAUGUGUAUAGGCUGUAAACAAUGGAGCUUAGCUUCAGCAUAAUUAGGUUAAGAUUGGAAAUAGCAAGAGU